UAUAUUAUUUAUGUCCAAGUCCAACAGAUAAGCCUUCCUCUUCUUUCUUACACACACUGCGCACCUUUUCUCUUCUCUGUUGCUUCAUUCUCCUCAACAAUUCCUUACACAUUAUAAACCAAUCUCUGUCAUUGUUUCUUCAGAUAUCUAGCUUAGAAAAUGAGGGGGGGAUUGUGGCAACUUGGGCAAUUGGUCACACGUCGUCUUGCUCAUGGAGAUAAGAAGGCUGUUGUUCGUCGAUGUUUUGCCUCUGAAGCUGAGCUGAAAAAGACGGUGUUUCAUGACUUCCAUAUUGCUCAUGGAGGGAAGAUGGUUCCAUUUGCUGGAUGGAGCAUGCCAAUCCAAUACAAGGACUCAAUCAUGGACUCGACCAUAAACUGUAGGGAGAAUGGUAGCCUUUUUGAUGUUUCUCACAUGUGUGGGCUGAGCCUCAAAGGGAAGGAUGCUAUUCCAUUCCUUGAAAAGCUAGUUAUUGCUGAUGUUGCUGCGCUUGCCCCUGGAACUGGGACACUCACUGUUUUUACAAAUGAAAAGGGAGGGGCAAUUGAUGAUUCGGUAAUUACCAAGGUGACGGAUGACCACAUUUAUUUGGUUGUGAAUGCUGGCUGCAGGGAUAAAGAUCUGGCUCAUAUUGAGGAGCAUAUGAAGGCCUUCAAGGCCAAAGGAGGUGAUGUGUCAUGGCACAUACAUGAUGAGAGAUCUCUACUUGCUCUGCAGGGUCCUCUUGCUGCCCCCGUUCUUCAACACCUCACAAAAGAGGAUUUGAGCAAGCUAUACUUUGGGGAGUUCCGUGUGUUGGACAUAAAUGGUUCACAGUGCUUUCUUACCCGAACCGGGUAUACUGGAGAAGAUGGAUUUGAGAUCUCAGUUCCUUCAGAGCAUGGUGUAGAUCUUGCCAAGGCAAUACUGGAAAAAUCUGAAGGGAAGGUAAGAUUGACAGGAUUGGGUGCAAGAGACAGUCUGCGACUUGAAGCUGGAUUGUGUUUAUAUGGGAAUGACAUGGAACAACACACUACACCAGUUGAAGCAGGACUGACAUGGGCUAUAGGAAAGAGAAGGAGAGCAGAAGGUGGCUUUCUAGGAGCUGCUGUUAUCCUGAAACAGCUUGAAGAAGGUCCUUCCAUCAGGCGUGUUGGUUUCAUUUCUUCUGGUCCACCUCCCAGAAGCCACAGUGAGAUUCAAGAUGAAGGAGGGAAGAACAUUGGGGAAAUAACCAGUGGUGGAUUCAGUCCUUGCCUUAAGAAGAACAUAGCCAUGGGAUAUGUCAAAUCUGGAUUGCACAAGGCAGGCACCAAAGUAAAGAUUAUCAUUCGAGGAAAAGCCAAUGAAGGAGUCGUUACCAAAAUGCCAUUUGUACCAACAAAAUACUAUAAGCCAUCCUAAUUUACUUCUGUAUUUUUAUCUCAAACAUUUCCUAAUCACUUCUUCUUGUUGACAAAUUUUCCCAUAAUCCGAGUUUUAAAAGUCAAUGUUAAUGUCAUUGUCUGAAAUACAGGCUUUCAAUUGCA